CCCUGCGCGGUGAAGAAGCGGCGGCCGCAGAGUGGAGGCAUUUUGUGUCCGUGAUAGCAGCCGCGCGAUAUACAAGAUGGCGGCGGUUGCUGAGUGAAGUACCAGCGGCGGCGGCCGGGAUCCGGCGGUGCCAGCUGCGCUCGGAUCCCCAGAGCCUCCCGGUGCCACUCCCGUAUCUCUGGAGCGGGCGGAGAGUGUAGUGGCGCCCGGUCGGGGAGUAGGGCAGAGCCGCGGAGGAGGACGCCCGCCGCAGGGGCCCGGCCUAAGCUGAGCGGCGGGGACCAGAUUCCUCCUCCGCUGCCGCUUCCCACUUCUCCUCCCGGGCGGCGCAGAGGCCCCCCCCCAGGCUCCUUGCUUCAGCGUAGGACCCCCACCUCACUUCCCCUCAGCGCCGGGAGGGCCGCGAGCCGCCCCUCACCAUGGCGAGCAGCAGCGGCUCCAAGGCCGAGUUCAUCGUCGGGGGUAAAUACAAGCUGGUGCGGAAGAUCGGGUCGGGCUCGUUCGGGGACAUCUAUCUGGCCAUCAACAUCACCAACGGGGAGGAAGUGGCCGUGAAGUUGGAGUCUCAGAAGGCCAGGCAUCCCCAGUUGCUGUACGAGAGCAAACUGUACAAGAUUCUGCAAGGUGGAGUUGGCAUCCCACACAUAAGGUGGUAUGGUCAAGAGAAAGAUUAUAAUGUUCUAGUUAUGGAUCUUCUAGGACCCAGCCUUGAAGACCUCUUCAACUUCUGUUCCCGCAGGUUCACAAUGAAAACAGUACUUAUGUUAGCAGACCAGAUGAUCAGUAGAAUCGAAUAUGUGCACACAAAGAAUUUUAUACACAGAGACAUUAAACCAGAUAACUUCCUAAUGGGUAUCGGGCGUCACUGUAAUAAGUGUUUAGAAUCUCCAGUGGGGAAGAGGAAAAGAAGCAUGACUGUUAGUACUUCUCAGGACCCAUCUUUCUCAGGAUUAAACCAGUUAUUCCUUAUUGACUUUGGUUUGGCCAAAAAGUACCGUGACAACAGGACAAGACAACACAUACCAUACAGAGAAGACAAAAAUCUCACUGGCACAGCUCGAUAUGCCAGUAUCAAUGCACAUCUUGGCAUUGAGCAGAGUCGUCGAGAUGAUAUGGAGUCUCUAGGCUAUGUAUUGAUGUAUUUUAAUAGAACCAGCCUGCCUUGGCAAGGAUUAAAGGCUGCAACAAAGAAGCAAAAGUAUGAAAAGAUUAGUGAAAAGAAGAUGUCCACUCCUGUUGAGGUUUUGUGUAAGGGAUUUCCUGCAGAAUUUGCCAUGUACCUGAACUACUGUCGUGGCCUGCGCUUUGAAGAGGCACCUGAUUACAUGUAUCUGAGGCAAUUAUUCCGUAUUCUUUUCAGGACCCUGAACCACCAAUAUGACUACACAUUCGACUGGACAAUGUUAAAGCAGAAAGCAGCACAGCAAGCCGCCUCUUCCAGUGGGCAGGGGCAGCAGGCCCAAACCCCCACAGGCAAGCAAACUGACAAAUCCAAGAGUAACAUGAAAGGGUCCAUCUUAGACAAUAAGGGUUUAUGAACAUCCAUCUGCAGUAUCUACAACUUCAGAGUCAUCUGCUGGUACCAGCAGAUUGCUGCAACUAAAUGUAUGUCAGACAGUAAAUUAACUGAAUCAAGAAAAGACUUCAUCCAGUAAAACCAUGGAUGCGUUAGUGAUCAGGACCAGCCAAUUCCAGCCAGACUCCUUUGGUGACAAGAUUUCUUGGUUCGUUUAUGCAACAAAUUCUCCCUUUCGUCUUGUUCAGAGCAAACAUUUCAUUGACGAGGCUCAAUCAUUAUGAUGAGGCUACACUCCACUGGCAGAGCAGACAAUGCUGGAAUGUUACUGGACACAGUGUGAGAAUGAAAUUGAACCAGUGGAAAAAUAAAUUUGAUGGGAAAUUCAUUAAUCUGAGUCUUGAUGAGUGGAGCAACGUACAUAGUGAUCCAGUAAUAUGUGCUUGUGUGACAACAGAAGAUGGGGUUGUCUGUCUUACAGGAACAAUUGAUACAUCAGGAAAUAUCCACGCAGCAGAAUACUUACCAGUAGCAGUAAAAGCUAUAACAAUUUGAACAAAAAUUCAAGUGUGUAGCAUCAUAGACAAUGCUACACAUGUAAAAAAGAGGAGAAGAUGUUUAGAAGAAAAUAACGAAGGGACCCUGAAACUUAUAACUUAGGGAUGCAGUGCUCAUUUGAUCUUUUAGCUAAAAUACACCUCCAGGAAUAAAUGAAAAUGUUGAAAUUUCAAAAUAAUUCCCUAACAACCACUUUGCCUCAGCUUUGCUGAAGAGAGGAGGAAGAUCCAAACCAAUUAUCACCCAAUAUGUGCAAUGGGAUUAGUUGACUCUUGAGGUAUUAAGAACUGACCUGUUCUGAUGACUAUUUGUGAAGCACAUGGUUGGCAAAAUAGAUGAAACUAUCACAGCUGAAGUAGUCAACAUCAGGCUGAAGAGAAACGUAGAGUGCAUGCCUCAUAUACUGAAACAUUUCUGUUGCCUUGGAUAAACUGCAGAAAGAUUGCUGAUGGUGUUGAAAUUUAGAAAGGAACAUCAAGAGACACUGAAGAAAGGAAAUAAUGAACAAAGUUAAAUUGCAGGCAGUAAGAAAGCGGAUGGAUCAAUCAUUUACUCCAUCUCCUUUUCUUGUCAAUAUUGUCAACCCAAAGUACCAGGGUAGAUUCCUUAACUGCUGAAGAUGCUGCUAUAGCAUUGGCAUCUAGUAAUCACUCAUCAGUUAUGCCAACCACAAUAAAUUUCAGGGCUGGAGGUAAACCGUUCAAGCCGUACAUGUUUGCUAAUGAUUUAAACAAAGACACACCACUGAAUUGUUGGCAGUCACUAGUUAAGCACCUGGAACCAGAAUUUUUUGAAGUGUUAAACCUGCUUUUAACAGCAGUAGCCUCUUCUGCAGGCACAGUGAAUAUUUGCUUCAUUUGAACUAAUUCAAAGUUGAGAAAUCAAUUGGGAGUUGAAAAAGCAGGAAAUCUUGUCUGUCUUCCAGUCUGUAAAUAAAAACAAGGCGGAGAGGGAAUGAAAUCUUCCAGUUUUAAAAGUCUGAAGGAUGGCCCAAGAAGUGUAGGAGGCUCUUCUCAUGUUCAAGAGACCUAGGCAAAAAGGAACUUCAGCCGGGUCAGAUUUUCAAAUGUGCUGAAGUGAAAGUAACUGGAGCUGAUCUGAAAUAAUCGAUUUUAAUUCACUGCCCAACACAGUUAAUCCCUCUGUUUGCUAAAUCAUUUAGUUGUAAAUGUGAAAUAUGUUUUGAUAAGCAAAGUUUUGUUGAAUAAAAAUGCCGUUUUCUGUGUUUAAA